AGCAAGCGACUGGUAGAAUUAAAUGAAAUGCAAAAGCAAAACUAAUUGACAAAGUAAAAGGAAUUCAAAGUGCAAAAGUUACGAACCCAGAGCUCCAGAUUGCUGCUGAGCAGCCGAUAAGCGCGUCUCAGUAAUCAAAUCGGCUCGCAUUUCCAUUUCAACUGCGAGAUCGUAAAGACGUGAAGUGUAGAAAACAUGCACUUCUUCAUCGCAGGUAGCUGCUUGUUGGCGGUGCUGGUGGUGUUGCUGCCCAAUGCUCGAGCAGCGCCCGAAACAUGCUCAGCGCCCAGCGCCAGCUGCGCGGGGGAAACGCUGCAAGUGCAGCGCUUCUUCGAGCAGGAAAACGAGAUGCUGCGUCAGCGUCGCCGGGAGGAGCACUUGGCUGCCUACGUGUACAAUACUAAUGUGACGGAGGAUAAUCGGCGAGAGAUGGUUGCGGUGAUGGCUCGGAAUGCUAGGCAAAGCAAAUUGCUGGCAAAGGCGAUCAAAGAGGGUGGCUAUCAGAGCAGCGGGAAUGCGACUAUUCGCAGACAAGCACGUUUUCUGUCCAAUUUGGGUGCGGAAGCUCUAGAUGAGGAUGACUAUUUAGAGCUACAGAAUGCGAUAACCAGCAUGCAGUCUAAUUAUGCCACAACCACGGUCUGCUCCUACAUCGAUCGCACCAAUUGUACCCUCACUUUAGAGCCGCAUGUGCAGGAGCGCCUGGCAAACAGUCGAGAUGCGGAGGAGCUGGCCUGGUAUUGGCGCGAGUGGUACGAUAAAGCAGGCACCCCGAUGCGGGACAACUUUGCCAAGUAUGUGCGCUUGACUCGCAAAGCUGCGCAACUAGAGGAUUUCCGCUCAUAUGCCGAUUACUGGAUCCAUUUCUAUGAAGAUGCGGACUUUGAACGUCAGCUAGAUGCCACAUAUAGGGCUCUCCUGCCGUUCUACCGCCAGAUUCAUGGCUACGUACGCUAUCGGCUCCGCCAGCACUAUGGCAGUGAGGUGGUACCCGCCGAGGGCAAUAUUCCAAUGCAUCUGCUAGGCAAUAUGUGGGCACAAAGUUGGAACGAAGUCAUUGAGCUAUACACGCCCUACCCAGAGCGCGAGUUCGUGGAUGUUCAGGCGGAGAUGGAGCGGCAGGAGUAUGGCGUCCGGAAGUUGUUCGAACUGGGUGAUGAAUUCUUUCAGUCGCUGGGGAUGCGCGCAUUGCCGCCAACCUUUUGGAACUUGAGUUUAUUAACGCGACCCGAGGACCGCGAAGUAGUGUGCCAUGCGUCCGCUUGGGAUCUGUAUCAGGACAGCGAUGUGCGCAUUAAAAUGUGCACAGAAGUCUCCACGCACUAUCUGUAUGUGGUGCAUCAUGAGCUGGGACACAUACAAUACUAUUUACAGUAUGAGGAGCAGCCGGCAAUAUUCAGAGACGCGCCCAAUCCUGGCUUCCACGAGGCUGUCGGCGAUGUUGUAGCACUGUCGGUGAUGUCAGCCAAGCAUCUGAAGAGCAUCGGGCUGAUCCCGAGUGGCCGACUCGAUGAGCGCAGUCGCAUCAAUGAGCUGUUCAAGCAAGCGCUGUCGAAAAUUGCGUUCCUACCGUUUGGGUAUACCAUGGACAAGUAUCGCUAUGCCGUGUUUCGGGGCGAGAUCGAAGAGUCUCAAUGGAACUGCGCUUUUUGGCAAAUGCGCUCGGAAUUUGGUGGAGUUGAACCGCCCGUAGUGCGUACCAAUAGCGACUUCGAUCCCACUGCCAAGUACCACGUGGAUGCGGAUGUGGAAUAUCUGCGCUACUUUGCUGCCCACAUUUUCCAAUUCCAGUUUCAUAAAGGACUAUGUCGUUUGGCUGGGCAGUAUGUGCCAGGAGAUAAUCGUCUUACACUUGACAACUGCGACAUCUUUGGCAGCAAAGAAGCCGGCAGAGCCUUUCAACGGUUCCUCUCGCUGGGAAAGUCGAAGCAUUGGAAGGAGGCGCUGCUUGAGUUUACUGGCGAAUCCGAAAUGAAUCCCGCUGCCCUUUUGGAAUACUUUGAUCCGCUGUAUCAAUGGUUGAAGCGAGAAAAUAGCCGCCUUAACGUGCCCCUGGGCUGGCCUGAUACUAAUAAAAUUCCAAGCGAUUGCUGCGGACCCUUCAGCACAUGAUUCAAAUAAGACUCUGACUAUUUCAUAGAUUUUAAUAAUUAAGUACUUGACAGAAUGUUUUUGCAGAAAUUACAUUCGAAAUACAUUUGUUUAAUUUUUGUACGAGAAAUAAAAGAACGCAUAUCAACUGUA